CCAAACCUGCCAUGAGAAGCAGUAGUUUAUGCUAACCACAUCUGUUUAAAACUACAUUACUAGCAGGCGUCUCACAGUGAAGAAUGCAAUUAAUUAGCUAGAUUAGCUCUGUGGUUAGGUAGCUAGCUACUCUGUCUCCCUCUCUCAUCCACCAUCAAUCCCUAAUCAACCUCUCCACGCGAGCAAGACCGACCAAGAAAAAGCUCCGAGCUCCCGGCCCGCAAUGGGGCACCAGCACCAGCUGUUCGACGACCCGUUUGCCAGCAGUAUCUCGUCGCUGGAGGCGGAAAUCUUCUCCGGCGCCGGCGGCCACCAGCAGUGGCCGGGCCUUGACCUCGACGGCAUCCCGGCCGCACCUGGAGCCGGCACCUCAUCCGGUGGCUACGGCUCGCCCGGCGGAGAGGGAACACACCGGAAGAUCAGCCACAACGCGUACGAGCGCGACCGCCGCAAGCAGCUCAACGGGCUCUAUUCCUCCCUCCGCUCCCUCCUCCCCGACACCGAUCACACCAAGAAGCUGAGCAUUCCCAUCACGGUGACGAAGGCGCUCAAGUACAUCCCGGAGCUGCAGAAGCAGGUGGAGGGUUUAGAGAAGAAGAAGGAGGAGCUGACCCGGGCAAGCUGCAAACCGGGCGUGCUAGCUAUGAAGGAAAACACAGCUCCGAUCGUCUCCGCCACCUGCAUCGACGACAGGGACAUCAUGGUCCAGGUCAGCCUGCUGAGCAACAUGGCCGGAGCUCUGCCGAUGUCAAAGUGCAUCAAAGUGGUGGAGAACGAAGGGCUUCGCCUCGUCAGUUCGUCGACCUCCGCGUUUCAGAGCAGGACGUUCUAUAGCCUCCAUCUCCAGAGAACACAACGAACGAUGAGCAAAGUGUGUCCAUCAUUCUGUGAAGAACUGGAGAACGCCAUCAAGAAAAGAGCGGAAAUACAUCAGCAAUAAUAGUAGAAUAUAUAGCAUACUACUGAUUUAUACUACUAUAUUUAACUAUAAUGAAUCAAAACGCAUGCUAUAGAUAUAGUACAAAAGAUAAAGUUGUACUGAUAUUGGCAUGAU